AUGGCCAACGAUCCAGAGCUGGAACGCAAUCCAGCACUCUAUGCCCUUGCGACAACGUGUACGGACUUCAGAGAUUCUGCACUUGACCUCUUAUGGCGCAAACAGAAGGGCCUAGGCAAUUUGAUCAAAUGCAUGCCCGCAGAUCUGUGGCAGUUGCACAAGUGCUACGUGUGGAAUAAUGCAUCCCCCUAUCAUCGUGCUGAGUAUGACAGAUUGUCAUUCAAGCGAGAGCUAAAUUCAAGCGACUGGUACCGCUGGGAUUUUUAUGCUUCCCGAGUACGCGAAUUUCGUCCCACCACGAGAGCGGAUGCCAGGUCCGGCGGGUCGCACAUGGAAAUGUCAAAGGCAACCUACUGGACCCUCAUGGAGCAUCGACCACAUCCAGGUAUCCUCCCUAAUGUCAUCGAACUUGAUUGGCAUUGGGCUUAUUCACGUGUCAAAUACCGCUUCGGUCGUGUUCUUAUCGCUCCGAGCCUGAAGUCUCUGUCCUUGGCGUUCCGCAACCCCGAAACGGUCGAAGAUGCGAAGGCAUUGGUCGCAGCCUUGCCUCAAUCCUGCCCCAGCCUACACACACUCAAACUUCAGUUCUCGGACGUGGCUGUAUUUGAUGAGCUUUCUGAUAUAAUCUCAGGCGUGAGAUCCUUACGAGAAUUCGAUUUAGAAACCAAUAGGUCGCUUCCAGCAGAGCUCUUUCGCCAGCUAUCCUCACUUCCUGAACUUACUUCUCUGGUCUUGAUGGUCUGGACUCCGGACCAUCUCGCAUUUCGGCCUCAAACAUGUACAGAUGCCUCUCAGCUCCCAUGUUUUGAUUCUCUGCGAAGUCUUAUUGUCAACUCAGACGAUCUUUCUACUCCCACCACAGUUAUCGCGGCGGGCCAGCUCCCAGAUUUGCAGGAUCUCUCUGUCGCUUCAGACACAGGUGACGUCAUGGCACUGUUUCAAGUGAUCCACGCCCACUGCAAUCCCAUGUCUCUGCAAAAACUCCGCAUUUUCAGGCCUGAAUAUGGAUUGAAGCACCAGACCCGGACAGAGCCGGCAUCAACGUUACGCCAGCUCCGUCGGUUCCCAAAUUUGCAGGACAUUCACAUCCAGGUGCCACGAGGCAUACAGCCCAGCGAUCACGAUUUGGAAGACCUAGCAGCGGAGCUGGGGCAGAUUGUAAACCUUUACCUCGCGGAGACAUUGGCCAUGUCUCCACGCUCCGAGGACGAGUAUGGGAAUGGUGUCUCGCUGCGCGCUUUAACGACUUUGGUGGAACGCUGUCCGCGCCUCGAACGACUAACCCUGGACAUCGACGCUUCUACCAUUGAUGCACAAGCUACACAGAGGUCUGGAAAACACAUUACAAAUUCAAACCUCAAGUCUAUAAGAUUGGGCACCGCGUCGCGUCCAGGAGAUCCUGGCCGUGUUCUUGCAUUCCUCUGUGAUUUGGCCCCGAAGCUUCAGAAUAUCGGCUUUGAUUAUUCAGGUUCAAGCCCGGAGGAUCGGGAGGCUUGGCAAAAGGUCGUGUGGAGACUGCACUGUAAACGGGUCCGCGCGGGCAAGGAGCGCGAAUACUGUUAUUCUCUGCCACGCGACACAAGCUCUGAUACUGAGACUGAUACUUGA